GGAUUGGAGAAAAUGGUAGUCCUGGCAGGCUACGAGACUGUGAAGGAGGCUUUGGUGAACCAAGCAGAUGCCUUUGCGGACAGGCCCAGCAUCCCAAUAAUUGAAGAUGCCCAACAAGGCCAUGGCAUUGUUUUUUCUAAUGGUGAGGUCUGGAAAGUGAUGCGGCGAUUUGCGAUAAGCACUUUACGAGACUACGGAAUGGGCAAGAAGACCAUAGAAGACAGAAUUGUCGAGGAGUGCCGUUUCCUGCUGCAGGAGUUUGAAUCUUUCGAUGAAAUAUGCGCCGCUUUCAUACAGAGCCACACCUUCCUUAGGCGCCUCAAAGAACUGGAUGAGAAUGACCAAAGAAGCUUUAUUGAUGCUUUUCUAAUCCGACAGCAAGAGGAGAAGACCAAGAACCAGAGCAAUGAAUUUUUCCAUAAUGAAAACCUAAAGGUUGUUGUGAGUGAGUUAUUUGGUGCUGGCACAGAGACAACUUCAACCACCUUGCGUUGGGGCCUCUUGCUGAUGAUGAAGUACCCUGAGAUUCAGAGGAAAGUGCAAGAAGAAAUGACAAAGGUGAUCGGGUCUGCUCAGCCGCGAAUUGAACACCGAGCAAAGCUGCCCUACACCGAUGCGGUGGUCCAUGAAAUCCAGAGGUUUGCAAAUAUUGCCCCUGCAAGUGUGCCUCAUGCUACGAAUGUGGAUGUGACUCUUGGAGGCUACUUCAUUCCAAAGGUGAUUGUUCUUAGCUGUACAGUCAUUGCUCAACUGAAUCUGCUCCUUUUUUGCUACCAACACGGUGGAAUAUCAGAGCCAGUUAAUGACGUGCUUCUGUGUCCCACAGAUUUCUCUUACUGGGAAGGAGAGAAAUCACAAUGA